AUGGGUAAGAUACACCCAUUCCAGGUGUUGGUGACGAAUGAUCCCACAAUGCACGCUGAAGUGACCGCGAUCCGAAACGCGUGCAAGGCUCUCGGAACCUUUGAUCUGUCCGGCUGUGUGCUGUAUACGUCGUGCUAUCCUUGUCCAAUGUGCAUGGGAGCUUGUCUUUGGGCCCGACUUGAUGCCAUCUACUACGGAGCGUCAGCAGAACAGGCAGCGGAAAUCGGUUUUGAUGACAAGGCUUUCCACGAGUUCUUGAAGAACCCGAAAACCGACGAGUCGCGGUAG